AUGUCGGUCGCUCCAUCAUCACAAAGGCUCUCAACCAAAAGAAUAUCGUCAAAGCCGGGCCCGCGACAAGAACAGCUAUGUGAGGUUUGUGAAAAGUUGCUCAAGCUGCUCCAAGCCCCAGUCGAGACUCGAGGAGAUACCAUGAAUCACAUCAUGAUCAAUAACUGGAAGCAAGUCGUGGAAUCACAAUGUCUACAUCAUCCAAAAUUUCUUGCGGCUGUGUUAAAACUUGAUCUCACGCCUAGUGCCGCUGAUGAGAUUUCCCUCAGAGUUUUAGCAUUCACGGGGUGGGACCACCUUGAAGUUCAUGCUGAUAUCAAGAGCGCCGGAAAGUCUAGACAAUUUAGAUCAGGGCAAAUCUACCUGCUUCAAAAAGGUACAAAGUUCCCAAAAGAUGGCAGUGCACGACUCGUCAAUCCUCUCUGGAUUGACCGCAGUCUCCUUCGGCAGUGGAAAGAAAAAUGUCUUUCUUCUCAUGGCGAAACCUGCGGCUCAACACAGGCACAAUCAGUUUAUAAUGACGAUGCUCGGCCCACGUGGCUCAUUGAUGUUUGGCGCAAAUGCCUCGUGCGCCCGUCGCAGCAUGAUCGAUACAUAGCUCUAAGCUAUGUUUGGGGAGGGGCUCCCACAUUGAUGGCUCGAAUGAACAAUAUUGCUGAGCUACUAAAGCCAUUAGCAUUCGCUGAAGGAAGGACAAGCGUGCCCAUACCGAAGACGAUCCGCGAUGCAAUGAGUUGCGUUGAAAGACUUGGUGAACGAUAUCUUUGGGUAGAUUCGUUAUGCAUCGUCCAAGAUGACCCAGUGCACAAGGAGGCAGAGAUUAAUAAGAUGGUGGCUAUAUAUUCCAACGCAUUUAUAACAAUUACUGCUUCCGACGGUCUUGACGCCGAUAGCGGCCUCCCAGGUCUCAGUGGUCUCACUGAGCCAAGGACAGCAAUCCAAGUUGUCCAUACAUUGCGGCCGGGCAUUCAGAUCGUUGAGUGCCUCAUGGAACCAAAGAAUACAAAGUGGAGAACGCGAGGAUGGACAUAUCAAGAAGAGGUAUUUCCUCGACGACAGAUCUUCUUCGAGGGUGGCUGGGCUCGCUGGGUUUGUCAAAGUGACAAGUGGGCUGAGGUGGGCGAGAAGCAUGGUGGGAAAGUUGAUGGACAAAUUGGUAGCGUCACUAGUAUGAGAGAUGCACUGUCAAGUCCUAUCCCAGAUCCAUAUGUGUGGUGGAACAUGAUCGGUGCGUAUAAUAUGAGAGACUUGACUUAUCCCGAGGAUGCCCUCAGUGGAUUUGCUGGUAUACUCAAUUCUUUUGGAAGAAGUUUCGACGGCGGCUUCAUCUCCGGUCUGCCUGCCGCCAUGUUCUACAUAGCCAUUCUGUGGCACACUCGCGAUCCACUCACUCGUCGAAGAGCGAAGGGCUCUGGUGGGAAUUCUUGCCUCCCAAGUUGGAGCUGGAUAGGUUGGAAAGGCACGCUUUUGUCAACUGUAAUGCAUCCAUCGUUGGAGUUUGUCAAAGUGAGAGCGUCCAGAGAGGGUGCAAGGUACUUUGACAGAGUCACGCCCCUUGUCCAGUGGCAUUGGAAAGAGAGCUUGAAGGAUCCUGGGAUUCCGAUUCGGGAUACCUGGUACGAGUAUAGGCAGAAGUAUGCCGUUGAAACACAAAAGAGCCCAUGUCCCUCUGGAUGGACUAGAUAUAGUGUUGAUACUGAAAUACAUUCAGGGAGGCUCACCUUUCCGCCACCAGAGCUCGACAACUCGCCAAAAUUCUUUUACAAGCACAUCUCAGAGCCUGAGUCAGAAUUUUGGUACCCUGUUCCCAUACCCGAUCCAUCGCAGAUCCCCAAAAGCCACGUCGCCGCACCAUUCAUCUCUUGUCGGACAAAGAGAGCUUUUCUAUACGGUAGCGAAGUCAUCACACCGCAGUACAUCAAAGGCACUGCGGUCAUUUCACUUAGAGACAACACGUCAGCUUGGAUUGGCGUUAUACGGCUACAGGAAGAAUCAACAGACAAUAGCAGAAGCUUAGCAGGCCAAGAGAUUGAGUUAGUAGAAGUUGCCUUGGGUCGUGUCCCAAAUGAUGCUCGCCAAAGGCUCCAACACCACCAGGUCUUGGAUGAAUGGGACCAUGAAGAGAGGCCGAAAAAUAACGACAUGUACGAGUACUAUUACGUCAUAUGGGUUGAGUGGAUAGACGGUGUUGCAUAUCGAAAAGCAUUGGGACGAGUGGAAAGAAGUCUGUGGGAGGCCCAGGAGCGUCAAGAUAUUGACUUGGUCCUCGGAUGA